CUUUCUUUUGAACCAAUAUAUGCACCUAGUGGAAGGUAAAGAUGGACUGCAUCCCGCCGAAGGUCAAACUCAGUGAUGACACCUUUGUCUUUCUAGAUGGCAAGUGGGUGAAUGAAUCGUUUGUUCAACCAGCAAUUUCCUCUUCAGCAGAAGCCCACAAGAAACACUAUAGCAAGAAGAUGCACAGUGACUUGACCCUCUGGGAAGAAAACAAAGCCCUCUGGGAAGAAAACAAGGCCCUCCGAGUGGAAAACAGGGCUCUUCGGGAAGAGAAUAAAGUACUCCAGUGUCUAAGGACACAGAACAAAGGUAUUCAGGUUAUCUAUGAUGAGAGUCUUCAACAGAUGCUCCAACAGGAAAAUAAGCCUUUAGUAGCUCUUUCACGCAAAGGAGGACUCCAGGGUGGUAAGGAAAACAAAGCCCUUCAAUUUAUCCAAGAAGAGAAAAAAGCUCUUCAAAUCUUUCGGGAUAAGAUUUUGGCUUUGAAGGUUUUUCCUGAAGAGGAGAAGAAACUCACCCCAGUCCUUCAGAAGGAAAAGCAAUCUGACCUCUUAUUGGGAAAGGAACCCCUUGAGCAGGAAACAAACAAUACCUCAGCAUCAGCUGAACCUGCUACAGCUGAACCAGAAAUCCAAGAAGACAGCAGUGCCACCUCAGAAAAAGAAAGGCAACAAACUGCCUUAUCACUGUUAGAAGAAAACGAAGUACUUGAAACUGUUCAGAAACUGAACCAAAUGGUAUUGUUUCUCAUAAAAGAGAACCACACACUUCUGGAAGAUAAGCAGGCACUCCAGAAUAUUGAAGGAGGGAACAAAAUACUUUGGGAGGAGAACAAUAAACUUAAGCUCCAACAAAAGACCAUCAAAGAUGCUAUCAGUAAUAUUAUCGCUCAGAUGGGCUUGCUGCAAGAGACGCUUAACGCCUUUGAUUUAAUUGAGAGUCAGUCAGAGAAUACUGAAUGAAGAAGCCUGUUAGUUGAACAGCUACAGGGAGAUCGGAUAGGUUGAAUAGAAGUCCAUCUACUUUCAGGAAAUUAUCUCCCUUCUGUGAUG